UGGAGCUGGUCCCCGGGCGUUGCCGCGGCAGCGUUCGUAUCAUCGCGGCGCCGCGGGAUUCCAGGCAGUUGCCGGCGGAGGCUGGAGCGGUGCUGCCGGGCGCUCGGGGUCUGCACAGACGGGUAAGCCGGCUGCGGAGAGCGCUGCCCCUCUUGUGCCCCCGCCUGAGGCAACGCGGGUGUCGAGAGGAGGCCUCUUGCCCCAGGGGUUGUCAGAGUCAGACGUGAAAGAGCCGCGGGGCCGGCGCCCUCCUGCUCCUGGACGAGGUGUCCCAGGGGGACGUGGCCCGACGGGGUGGGAUUUGCACCAGCCCCACCAGCGAUGGGACCGGGAAGGGCAGUGGGACCCGAUCCUGCAGGUUGUGUUCAGCCAAGAGCGGGCACCAGGUCUGUGCCUUUCCCUCGGGGGUGGUUUGUGCCUGUGUAAAGCCCGGAGGGAGGAAACGGAGCCGAGCCCGGCCGAGCUGCCCCACUGCAGGCACCUGGAGAUGGGGUUUCUCCUCCUUUUUGAAGAAGGGCAGAACUGAAGCACAAACCCAGAUCAAUUCAUUUAUUCCUUGAAAUUGCAGUCCAGGGGGAAGAGUAAGUAUUUCCUCCGUGUUCAUGUGAUUUAAAUGUCCCGUCUUGUUUCUGUUAGUAAUCAUCAGGCGCCGUUUGGAGAGCGACAGCAGAAUCGGUUUCGUGGAGGAUUUCGCUCUGCGAUCUCUCAGCCCGGAGUGAGCAGGUCAGGAUCAGUCCUUGGGCAACGCUGCCGGAGGCGCCAGCAGGGGUCGAGCUGGGAGGGGAGCGAGGGGCUCUUGUGCUUUCAGGCCUGUGGCCCGUGUCCAGAGAAAAUGUGAAGCAUCAAGACGGAGCCGACAGGACCCUGCCCUUGGCAUGAGGGGCUGAGUAACGCUCCCUGCAGUCGUGUGUAAGACGCAGGAGCUGGGCAUGCUCUGAGUGCCACCCCCUGCCGAGGCCGUGAUAAGAAAUGUUUCUCCCUUAACUCUGUAUGUUUUAUUUCCAAUCCAGAACAUCGUUUCUGGCACCGGUGUCGCACCUCUUCCCAGUGCUUCCCGGGACAGGGCUCCCUUCCCUGCCAGGCCGGCUGGAGCGCGGUGCACAGCCAGUGUGGACUGGACCCCAGUUACAAUCCACUUAAAGCCACCUGUCUUGAUGGCGCAGAGCAGGACACUUGGUCUUUCCUGGGUACCAACAUACAUGGAGUAAAGCUGCAGGCACAAGCCAGUAGCGCCUGUGAUGUGGAACAAGGCCAGCGCAGGGUGGCAGGAGUUUCUGUUGGAUGGCAGGAAAGGGCCAGGAAGAGAAAAUAAGGGAAGAAGAGGGGUCCUGGCAUGGGCAAGCAGAGAGGGGAAGGGGCAGGGGGGAGGAGAGGUGUACAUUUGCUUAAGGGGGGGAAGAGGCUGUGCGCGAGGAUGGCUUCCAACAGGAUGGCAUAGUCCCUUUCAGGGGUAGGCGUCCCCCCAUCGACGGCAGCGACUGCAGCUUGAGGCGGCGAGGGACAUCCAUCGGAGGAGAGGCAGGAGACCUUAGUCCAGAGCCGGAGGGAGGAGUGCGGCGUCACCAGGGCCCGUGAGCACCCGCCCAGCAGCGCUCCAUCCCCCAGGGCAGGAUGGACAGGCUGCGGCGAGUGCUGAGGAGGAGGUCGGCCAAGGUGCUCUCCAUGGGAGAAGAGAGCAGCAGGGAGCCUGGACAGGAGGAUCGGGGCCCCACCUGCCAUGACGAGGAGGGGCCCAUCAGGGCAAGGAGGUGGCUGUGCCCCAUCUGCUGCCAAAAAAACCCGGCAGCUCCCAGCAGCAGGGGCAAGGGUGAGAAGAAAUCCACCAUCUCCAAGUCGAAAUGGAGGUGGCCGUGGGUGCGCCUGGGCAGGCGGGAGCCAGCACCAUCCCAGCUCCAGGCACCCGAAGAGCCGUGCAGCUCCCCUCCUGGGUCAUCGGGCAGCCUGGAGCCCGGCCCUGCAGCCCCGCAGCAGGAGGCAGCCCCGUGGCGAGCCGGGGAUGAGGGCCUAGCCGCCCUGGGGCAGGAGCUGAGCCAGGCCCACAGCAGCCCCUGCCUGAGCCACAGCUCCUCCUGGGAUGACUGGCACACGUCCCAGGAGUCCGGGAGCACCAGCACCAGCUCCUCGGAGGAGGAGGACUCUGAGAAGUCCCCGGCGUCCCAUAGUAGCAGCACAAGCAGCAGCUCUUCCUCGGAGGGCACCGAUAGCUCGGAGGAGUCCAGCACCACCACGUCGACCAGCAGCUCCUCCUCAGAGGACUCCAGUAGCUCCCUGGAGUCUGGGACCAGCCCGGCCCCCGGUGCCACCUGCACAGUGAUUCCCAGCCCGGCCGGCGAGGAGCUGGAGGAAGAGGAGGAGGAUGAAGAGGAGGAGGAGGAGGAAGAUGGAAGGUCCCCGGAAGAAGCUGCCCUCCUCCUUGUGAAGAAACACCUGCAGGACCCAGGGGAGAUGCUGGACGGGAAGGACAGGCAGCGCUUCCUGCUGGCCAUCAUUAGCCUGACCAUCGCUGCGGACCAGAGCAGAGAGGUGGCUGUGGAGCUGGAGGGCCUGAAAGCGGCCAUGUUGGAGAGGAUCGUGGACCUGAUGGAGACCAUCUCAGUGGAGGGCGACCAAAAACACGUCCUGGCGUACAGCAUAGACGCCAUCCGCUGCCUCAGCGACCCGAAACUCAGCCUGGAGCCAGCGCUGGAGUCGCGCCUCCUGCGGACCGCCGUGGACAAGAGCUUCCUGGCCAUACGGCGUGAGACCCAUCGAAACCAGGUCAUGCAGCGGCUGUAUGAGGAGUACCUGGAGGGCCUGCUGUGCUGCGUCUUGUCCAGCGCCCCCAGCCUGGGCAAGCUCUACUCCAUCUGGGAGCACUUCACAUCGUGGAUUGAGGCGCCAGAUGCCCAGCACCGUGCACUGGGCAUGAAGAUCAUGACCGGCGCCAUUGCCUUUGCUGUGCAGCUCCUCCCACAAUUUGAGGGCUCCCCUGACAUACCGGAGGUGGGGGACAUGGCAGCCCGCCUGGGUCUUACCAUCAACGACCCAGAGGAGACCAUCACCUGCAAGGCCAGGGCGUGCAUGUAUUUGCUCGCUCAAAUCCUCCUUCAUCAGAGGGGCCAAGACAUGCGAGGGGCAGAGGAACUGCGCUGCAAGCGCCAGAAUGAGCAGAGCCAGGUCCAGAAGUACAGGGACCUGGCGAGAGUGGGAGAGGGGCUGAGAAACAUCUUGCUGGAGGAGCAAAGGAGAGCUUUCCUGCAGAGGGCCCUUCAUGCUGUUCACAGUAGACCAAUACACAUCAGCCAAGCUGGACUGGUCUUCCUGUAUGCCAUUCUGGGGGAAGCCAGCCGCUUGAUGGAGCACAAGGAGAAAGAAAUCCCCAUUCGGGUUGUGAACAAGCUCUUCAUUAUCACCUGCCUGAAAGAGCUGCCUCAAGAUCUGCAAGGGCACAGCCUGCUGGUCACCUCCUGCAGUGCCCUCGCCUCUCUCCAGCCGCCCACACUUGCUCCUGCAGCAACACCUGCAGACCACCUCAACCCUGAAGGCACCUCCAUGAGUGAAGACGACCUCCCCAACCUCACCGGGAGCCCGGCGGCUACAUAGAAAAGCUGCAGCAGCGCCGAAGCCACCACACACGUCACUGACUGACAAGUCAUCAUCCAGUCCGAGCCGUCCGCCACAGACACUUCAGCCUCUGCACAGAGGAGCAGCCUGAGACACCCUCAUGGUGAAGAACUUGAACAUCUUCUUCCAGCCUGGCCCUGCAAAGGGCUGGGGAAAGACCAGGCACCAUGAGUUUGUAGUGCCCAGGUUGCCAAGUGGAGGACGCUCUUGUUGUGUGGACGGCAUUUUGUGUCCCCUGCCUCAGGGCUUUGGCCGGUCGCCGUUUGGGGCCAGGAAGGAAUUUUUUCCCCCUUCAUUUACGGAACCAACUUCUGGGGGUUUUUCGCCUUCCUCUGAGGCAUCGGGACAUAGUCAGACCAUCCCGGCGUCUGCUGUGUUAGUAGCCUACCUUCGAGCCCUUCAUGGGCCAUUCAGGGAGAAGAGAGCAAAGGCACAAAUAAUGUGUAAUGUUGAACAUAGAAGUUAAGAGUAGAUGUAAGAUAAUAAAGUUAAGCUUUAGUUUCCUUUU